AUGAAGAAGUCCAAGAAAACUCAAAACGGCGCCGCGGCCGCCAGGCCCCUACGGCCUGCCGUUGCUCGGCUACAUUCCAUUCCUCGACACCCACCUCUGCCGCUGCUUCACCAACCUCCCCGCCGCCCACGGCCCCAUCUUCAAGCUCUGGCUCGAGACCAAGAUGUGCGUGAUGGUGAACUCGACAGAGAUGAUGUGAGAGCUGUUCGUGAGGGAGCUCCUGAGCAAUGCCAAACUCGACGACUCCUACGCGCUGAGAUGGGCUCUGUGGAACUGAAACAGAGGAAAAUAGAGAGAGGCAAGAAGGGCAUUAGCAUAAGAGAGAGAACAACUGCGAUCAAUCUCGCAGUUUCCAUGGCUUCUCCCGUCGUGGAUUGCGCAACACCAAUCCGAGGAGUAGACAUGGAAGAAGACGAAGAAGAGCUCUUCGAGAUCAAUCUGGAGGCCGUCAACGGCAUCCCUCCGCAAUGCCGCCCCACCACAACCACCGCCGUGAACCCUGCUUGAGCAAUGUCGCCGCCAAUAAUUACGUGCUUCUGGCCAAUUGCUUGUCACCGGUGGCGUAUGUUUCCAACGCGGUUCCAACGGCAAAGGAUCGCAAUGCGUUGUUGUUUAAGGGAAGAAGUAAUUUUCUUCUGGUUAGUGCGGCACCAAUGCCGGUGGAUGUUUGCUCUUCCCUCCUUCUUUAAAACGCUGCUAUAAAAUAUGUUUUUCCAUUC